UGCUGGGUUGCUCAUAGUCAAUUGAAUUGCCUCCCAGCGGUGAUGGCAGGGAUAGCAAGUCGCCCAUCCUAUCACUGAUCAGCGCCGAUCGUCCACGGGCGCAUCUGCUCAUGGACACCGCCGGAUGGCGGCUGCUUGCGGCUUCCAUCAGAGCACUCCCCACAAUGAUCAGCCUGCGGGCAAGGACCAUCUACAACCCCUUGGGCGCUGCCGACGUGCGUGACCUUCAGAGGGUAUACACACAGAUUGCUCUCGAUCUUGUCUUCUUCGGCAUACAGACAGCCUUCUCAAUCGCCGCUGCAAGCGUACUUGCACGUCGAGCAGGCCGCUCGCUUCUGAUGCUUGUCGCCAUCGGCGUACUCUUCUUCUGCGCCGCGAUCUCCGUAAUCACCAAUGUGUUGUACUACAUGGUCCAACUCCCAGUAUAUUCUGGGAAAGACGUCAGGAGUAUACUGCAGCUACUCUUUCGUCUGGACAUCGUAGGUGCGGUGGCUGCACGCAUAGAAUACGUCCUCAGCGAUGUGAUUGUUGUCUGGCGGGCAUGGGUUAUAUGGUCAGAUAAUCGCAUUGCGAAGGGUAUACUGCUGUUGUGCACAUGCGGAAGUUUGGUCGGGGCCAUCCUCGAUGCCGUGUGGCAUAUAACGGGAAAGAUGCACCCCCAUCCAGUGCCGAAGGCGCAACCCCUCAUAAUGUUGAUUCUGCUCAUGCUCACCAACGUCGUCGCGACGAUACUGGUCGCGGUCAAAGUAUGGCAGUACUUCCGUGACAUCAAGAGCGCCCUAGGUCUAUCGGCGCGGAAAACCCAGGUCGAGCGGGUGCUGGUCUUGCUCUUGGAGUCGGGAUGCUUCUACAGCGUCGUAUGGAUCAGCUUCCUCGCUGUUCAGGCUACCAUCGGAACAUCGAAGUUCACGGUUGCGGAGCUCGUGGCCUCAGUUGUGCUCAGUAUUUCUGGCAUUUACCCUACUAUCGUCGUCCUCACCGCUAUGUACGACGACAAGGAACGGUCUCUGCUUGACAGCGCACAAGUAUCGCACGCCAUGCGCUUCGCAGAUGGGGACAAGGCUCAAGGAGGGGACACUAUGGACGACAAUUUUGCCUUGACAGGGCCAAGCACCGAUACCGAUGGCUCGACUGAGCCAUCAAUACGGAUGUACGACAUGACCGAGACGCAUGCCUCAGAGCAAGGAGAAAACAGCGAGGAAACGAGAACCUUUAUGGCUGGAUAAAAGCCAAUGUCUAUGCA